GCGGAGUGGGUGUUCAUUUCUUCUUUCAACAACGGUGCCCCGGUGUGCCAUUCGAACAGAGGAAGUCAAUCGCCAAGGUUGGUUUUGUGCUGAUUCUUCCGGCGGACCAACAGUACGAUAUUAGUUUCAUUCAUUCGCAUUAGCCUGUGACAGGUACCGGGGAACAUGUGGGCUACGGUACCACGUGUGAAAUUCUUCAACGGACACGAAAUACCUCUGAUUGGACUGGGAACCUAUCUGACAAAGGGCACAGCAGGUGUCAAGGCUAUCAAACAGGCAAUCGACAUCGGCUAUCGUCAUAUCGACACUGCCUACAGGUAUGGAAACGAGCAGGAUGUUGGCCGGGCUGUGCGAGACAAGUUGGAGGAAGGUUUCGUGAAGCGGGAGGAUUUGUUCAUAACCACAAAGCUAUGGAACUCUUUUCACAGUCCGGAACACGUUGAGAAAGCUUUCCAUCGUUCGUUGGAAAAUUUAAACCUCAAUUACGUUGAUUUGUACUUGAUGCAUAUGCCGAUGGGACUAGCUUUUCGGGGAUACGAAGAGCAGGAACUCAUAUCGUAUGACAGCUCGGGGAGGGUGGUCUGCUCGGAUGUGGACUUUUGUGACACCUGGAAAGCGAUGGAGCAACUGGUAUACGCUGGAAAAGUACGAAGCAUAGGAGUUUCAAAUUUCAACAGCAGCCAACUGUCACGUCUUCUAUCGGUUUCAUCCAUCAAACCGGCCACUAACCAGAUCGAAUGCAAUCCAGGCUUCACCCAAAAGCCCUUAAUCGAGUUCUGCCGUAAGCUAGACAUCACGGUGACAGCUUUCAGUCCAAUGGGCCGUGCCAACCGGAGUGAUUCUUCAAGUCAAGUGACAGCGAACGUCCUCACCGAUCCAGAAGUGGCCACUCUCGGUGCUAAAUAUGGCAAGAGCAACGCACAAGUCGUGUUACGCUACCUGAUUGACAUCGGCACGAUACCCGUCCCAAAGCCGUCGAAUCGCUGCGAGAUGCUGGAGAAUAUUGACAUCUUCGACUUCCGACUGACGGCGGAGGAGAAGGCGCUGAUGGACCGGUUCGACAACGGGAAACGAGCGGUUCCGUUGAAAUAUUACAGCCAUCAUCGGGAUUAUCCAUUUUAGGAAGGGUUUCUGGUGGGUGGAACUGGGUACCGAAGGAUGUUCUGAGAUAACAGCUAAGAGGGUUUCUCUAUGCGAUAAAAUCUGGCAGAUGCUGUGAGUGUGUGUUUGUGUAUGAAUAAUAAAUAGAAACAUAGUAACAGAGAGAUUGUGAUGCGGCUGACAAAUUCUUCUUCAUGAUACGUUCCACAGAAAAUGCUGAGAUAAGCAAGAUGUCUAGGAGAUAUGUUAAGUGUGGCAUUUAUUCGGUCAUCUCGGUAAAUGACCUGUGGGAAGAUGAAGUACAGAAUUGUUAUUUAGCACUUUAUUCUUUUGUUUGGAUCUGAUAUAUGAUCGGCGGUAUUGAUUGGAAGCUAAUAUGUUAAGGGGAUCCUCUACUCUCGAGGCUGAUUU